AUGGCAAACGCCUUCAUGGUCGACGACAGUCCGUUGGCCGGGGCACGUCGAUGGGUGAGGCCCCGGCGCGUCGCGACUCGGACAGAGGCGAACAGAGACGAACAAGCGUCAAACGGUCGGGUCGAGGUGUGGUCUGUCUGGUAUCUCAGAGUCGCAGCAGAUGCACGGUUCUGCUUCAAAGAAAAUGGAAAUCUCGUGAGCGAGAUCGUUCGAAGAGAGUUUUGUCGUCCUCAAUUUGCUCUUCUCGUGGUCCGCGUUCAAGGACAGAGCGAGAGAUCCCAAAGCACUUUACGAAACGCGCGAGGAAAAUGGGCAAACAGGCAAACACGACGCAAAUCGACGGCAAGGAAUGCGUCUUACGAGGACCGAAUGGGCAACUUAUAUGGAAAUCACAAGGAGCGCGUGGGCGCUGAGCACGCAGGCACGCUGAGCAGUCGCAGACGGACAAAAUAUGUCGAUCAGGUCCCCAAAGUAAGGUUCCGCUUUCGUCUCAUGCUACUGGUGCAACGCCGAAUCAACAAAUGGCGCCUGCCAGGCCAUGAUUUUCUGUUUACGAUGUGA